AUGGACGAGGGUCAGACCCCGCAAUCACAAUCCCAGGCAUCGGGCGACAGUGUCGAGGAACAGAAGCCGAAGCAGAAAUCCGAAGCCGAUGUCGAAGGAGAGACCCCGGCCGGGGAGGAGAUCAGUGCAGACAGUGAAGGCUCAGGGGCACAGGAAGAGGAAGACCAAGACGACGACGAUGACUUUGAAAAUUUCACCACCUCCGAGAUCGUCACCGUCUACGUCGGCGUCAAACGUAAACGAUUCUUCCUCCACCGCGAACUCGUUUGCCAACGGUCCCCCUUCAUGGAAAAAUGUCUAAAGAAAGGCCACUUCGACGAAGGGUACAAGAACGAAUUAUACCUGCCGGAAGACGACCCGAAGGCUUUCUCCAUCGUCGUCGACUGGAUCUAUCGAAGUCGCCUCCCUUCUCGAACCGAACCCUCGUUCGACGUCUCAGACAUGUCCGCCGCAUACUGCAUGGCCGACAAGUUCGGCAUGGAGGAACUUCAGAAUAACAUCAUAGACAAUGUCCGAGCGAAUUUCAGUCGGCGCGAAAACGAGCCGUGCAAGGCGCCCAACUUCUCGGCUCUAGCGCUCACCCAUCUCACGGGUCCGCCUAAAUCCCCGCUCAAGCGUUUCUACGUCGAACAUCUCGUGCAUCAUAUGAUGAGGCAUCCCAAAUGGUAUCAUGACCUGAAACGCAACGAGCCCGCUCGGGUCGACAUGGAGGAGUUAUUCAAAAUUCCUGACCUGGUGUUCUACGUCAUGAAGAAGAUAUGGCAAUUUCAGGCAGAACCGUGGAAGGACCCUGCCACGUGGGAUAAGUGUUGUUAUCAUGUCCAUUCAACGACGGUGUGUGCUGCGAGAGCAGCGGCUACGACGGCCAGGAAUAAGCAGCAGCAACCGGGGCAGAAUCCGCAUGCCAGUUCCAGUUCGGCCGGCCCGGUCCAUGGGUAUAGUUUGAGGACGGCGCAGGGGGCGUGGCCGCCGACGGCAAUUGGGGUCUGGAACCCCGGUGUUGGAUGGUAG